AUGCUUAAAAAUAAUUGUAUUUUCCUGAUUAAUUCAAGCACCAUAUUAAUUUAUUUAACAAUUAUUACUACUGCUAUUGAAGAAAAAAUAGAAGAAAAGAUAACAAAAAAUUUAAUAACAUUUAAUCGAAUAGCUGGAUGUCCAGACUUGGAAUCUUUUCAACACCCUUUUGAGACGUUAGAAAAUUCAGACAAAAUUGGAAAAAUAACAUGUUUAUGUGGGCCAAGUAGAGAAUUAAUAAAUGAAGAUAAUGAAGAUGUUGAUGAAGAAAAAGCUUCAAUAACUUGUAUUUAUGGCUCAAAAUUGGAGGACUUAGAAAAUACAAUAAAUUUGGCGAAGAAAGCAAACAAGUCAAUUGAAAAGAUAAUACUCAAUCAUGUUGAUUUUAAAAGCGAUAAAGAAUUGUUACAAAUACUCUUAGAAGAACCUCAAACCACUUCAAAUUUAAAAUAUUUGGAAGCAAAAAAAUGCAAAAAUCAACCAAAAUUUACAAAAGAGAAAAACGAAAACAAAGAAUUAAAACAAUUUAAUAGUAUAGAGUGGAUAGUAAUUGAAGAAUGUUUAAUAGAGGAAAUGCCUUUAAAUUUAUUAAAACGUGCGCCAGUUUUGAAGGGUUUGUCGCUAAGCGGAAAUAAAAUACAUUCAAUAAAUGUACAAGAUUUGGCUGCUAGCAAAAUGAGUUUGGAAUCAUUAAACCUAGCGAGAAACUUACUUUCACUACAAAUUGAAGCAGGAAGUUUAAGUCAACUUGAAAUGCUUAAAAACCUAGAGAUUGGUGAACAUAAUUUUGCUAGUACUCAAUUACUUAUAGAAAUUGGGAAACUUACAACACUCGAGAGUUUGGACAUGUCACAAAUGGAUGGAAUAGAAACAAUAAAUAUUUUCUCAAAUUUUGAAAAAAUGUCAAACUUAAAGAGACUUUUAUUAAGUGGAUGUAACUUGCGCAUGUUAAAUAAAUCAAGUUUUGCACAAUUCCCAGCAUUAGAAACAUUGGAUUUAAGAGUUAAUUUAAUUGGAGAAUUGGAGAGUGAAUGUUUUGCUGGUUUGGACAAUUUAAAUUCACUUUCACUUGCAGGAAAUUAUUUAAAAGAAUUACCAUCCAAAAUAUGGAAAGAUUUGCCAAAUUUAGAAAAUUUAGAUUUAGGCUGGAAUGAUUUUCGGUCUUUAAAUAAAAGUUCUUUUAAAGAAAUUUCACCAAAAAUAGAAAGAAUAAAUUUACGAAAUAAUGAAGUGCUUAAACAAAUAGAAGAGGGGACAUUUGAUGGAUUAAAUGAAUUGAGACAUUUAAAUUUAAGUACAACAAUGUUGAGUAAAAUAAUAAAAGGACAACUUAAUUUAAAUAAACUUGAGGUUUGUGUUUGUUAA